AUGACAUCAGCAUCUUUGUUUACAGCCUGAACUUUGAGUUAGCAUUAGCAUUAGCUGUCUGCCGGGUUCACUGUACAGGGUGUGUUAUUUCACUGUGUGGUUAAUAUUCUGAAUCAGAAACAUGUCGGGUAACGGAACUGGACCUGGAGAAGACUCCACAGACGCAAAGAGUGUCGAUGGACAACAGCCAUCGUCUUUGUCUGCUUCUGCCUCCAUGGAUGUGGACGCCAAGCCCAGCGCCCAGAGCUUCAGAUACAGUCUGAACUUCCCCUGCAUCGGCCAGUGCAUCAUCAUCAACAACAAGAACUUUGAAAGGAGAACAGGCAUGAAUCAACGAAACGGUACAGAUGUAGAUGCAGCCAAUGCGAUGAAAGUGUUCGGAAAGUUGGGUUAUAAAACAAAGGUUUACAACGACCAGUCAGUGGAUCAGAUGGUACAGGUUUUAACUUCUGCGUCAAAGCAAGAUCACAGCUCUUACGCCUCAUUCGUCUGCGUCUUGCUGAGUCACGGAGACGAGGGCGUGUUCUUUGGUACGGAUGGUUCAGUGGAGCUGAAGUUCCUGACAUCACUUUUUCGAGGCGAUCGCUGUAAAUCACUGGUGGGAAAACCCAAACUCUUCUUCGUCCAGGCCUGCAGAGGCACCGAGCUGGAUGCAGGCAUUGAAGCAGACAGCGGAGAGGAUGGCACUACCAGGAUCCCUGUGGAAGCUGACUUCCUGUAUGCCUUCUCCACCGCCCCAGGCUACUACUCAUGGAGGAACACCUCGAGCGGGUCCUGGUUCAUGCAGUCCCUGUGUGAAAUGAUCAGCAAAUAUGGAAAGGAAUUGGAGCUCCAGCACAUCCUGACCCGAGUGAACCACAAGGUGGCAGUAGAGUUUGAGUCUGUCUCCUAUUCAUCAGGCUUCAAUGCAAAGAAACAAAUCCCAUGCAUAGUGUCAAUGCUGACCAAAGAGAUGUAUUUUUCUCCUUGAUGUCUCUACAUCAGAAGACAUCAGCCUUCAUCUGCAGAAGAAAAGCUUGAGGUUUUGUUUGUGAAUUAUUUUAGUUUACAUUGUCUGACUGAACGUCAGCUUACAUGUUUGGGAGAGUAAAUGGGAUGCAGAGUCACAUUUCAUACGCUUGGCAUUAUAAGGAUAUUUCUGUUUGGAUUUAAGUUAUUAGGCAUUAAAAAAUGUAUGACUGCAGGAACACUUUUAUUCUCUUUUAAAUAUUUAACCUUAAAAGGAGAUUAUUUAAAAAAAAUGAAAAAAAAAUGUUAAAAGAACAAUCAUGAAUAUAAAGAUAAAAAUGUAAU